AUGGAUGAAGAAGAAGAGGAUUUCUCAACCAGAUUUGAUGGCUGUGAAGAUCCUGAUUGUGCAAGUUCCGAUGACGAAGAGUACGGUAGAAGUGAGAAAUGUACAGAUGGUGGAAGUUCAGAUGAUGAGAAACAACUACACCGUGUUAUUCCUGACGAUGAAGGACUUGCCAUUAUUUCUGAUAGGCAUAGAUCCAUAAGAAAUGCUAUAGGGAAGAUUCAAGAGGCAAAUCCUGCACUGCAUGCAUACUUGGUGAAGGCUGAUAUUUGUAUGUGGAGUCGUGUACACUUCCAAGGUUAUAGGUACAAUUUCACCACUAGCAACAUAGCAGAGUCAUUAAACAAGGUGCUAUCCGCUGCAAGAGUUAAGCCUAUUGUACGUCUUGUGGAUGGUAUUAGGAGUCUCCUGACCAGGUGGUUUGCUAAAAGACAUGUCAAUGCCAAUAACAUGGAACCAACUCUAACAACGGGCAUUGAGAAUUUGCUUGAGACUUUCUUUGCCAUCAAGGCUAGAGUUGAAGAUGCUAAACUCUUACCUGUGCAAGAGAUUGAUCAGCAUCGUACAGAGGUUUUAGGCAUAACAUCUGCACAUGUUGUCAAUUUGAUAGAGAAAACAUGUACUUGUCGACGGUUUGAUUUGGAAAAAAUCCCUUGUGUACAUGCCAUAGCCGCCGCCGAUAGGAAGAAGUUAUCUCCGAUCUCUCUUUGCCAUCAUUACUACCACACUAGUUACUUGCAACAAGCUUAUGCUGUUAGUAUAAUGCCAAGAGAUGUAGCACUCCCAGUGCCAGAUGAAGUACAUACCAAAAUUUGUCUCCCGCCAGAUGUUCGCAACCCACCCGACAGGCCAAAGAAAAUUUGA